AUGCGGCGGCACGCCCCGCCCAUUCCCGCCGCACGCCCCGCCCAUUCCCGCCGCACGCCCCGCCCAUUCCCGCCGCACGCCCCGCCCAUUCCCACCGCACGCCCCGCCCUCCCCCGGCACGCCCCCUCCCCGCGACACGCCCCGCCCACCAAUGCCAUCAAGCCCCGCCCCUCGCGCGGCCGCCGCGGGCUCUGGCGGGGGCUGCUCCGCGGCCGCUCCUCCUCGUGGGGCUCCGCCGCCGCGGCCGGCCGCCUCAUGGCGGCGCUCGCCGGGGUCUUCGUGUGGGACGGGCAGCGCAUCGAGGAGGAGGAGCUGCAGCGCUCGGCGCAGGAGAUGCAGCACGUGGAGAACAUGUGCGGCCCGCCCGCGCCGCCCCGCGCCGCGGCCGAGCAGCCCUGGGAGCUCGUCAUGGACAAGAAGCACUUCAAGCUCUGGCGGCGGCCGAUCGAGGGCAGCCACUUGUAUCAGUACCGGGUGUUUGGAACGUACACGGACGUGACACCCAGGCAGUUCUUCAAUGUGCAGCUGGACACCGAGUACAGGAAGAAGUGGGACUCGCUGGUCAUCAAGCUGGACGUCAUCGAGCGGGACCUGGCCACAGGCUCCGAAGUGAUCCACUGGGUAACCCACUUCCCGUACCCUAUGUACUCGCGGGACUACGUGUACGUCCGGCGGUACCGCGUGGACAAGGAGAACAACAUGAUGGUGCUGGUGUCGCGGGCAGUGGAGCACCCAAGCGUCCCAGAAGACCCCGAAUACGUUCGGGUGCGAACCUACGAGUCUCAGAUGGUCAUCCGGCCGCACAAGACCUUCGAUGAGAACGGUUUCGACUACCUGCUGACGUACAGCGACAACCCGCAGACCGUGUUCCCGCGCUACUGCGUCAGCUGGAUGGUCUCCAGCGGAAUGCCGGACUUCCUGGAGAAGCUGCACGCGGCCACGCUCAAAGCCAAGAAGAUGGAGAUCGAGGUGCGCGACUACAUGUCGGCCAAGGCGGCGGGCGAGGGCGGCGAGGGCAAAGCGGGCGCCGAGCACCGCGGCGAGGGCCCGCGCGGCCCUGCCCAGCUGGAAUACGCCUGA